AUGGUAGACUUAGAUGAGUACUCUGACAAUGAAUUGCUUACCUACUUGAAUCCUAGUUUAGCCAACAGGCUAAUGACGAGAAGAAAAAGCAAAGCUAUUUCCCAAAGAUCCCCUAAAAGGAGUACGCAAAUGAAAAGUCCCGUCAAAGAUGCUGUCAAGAAGAAAAGUACUUUUGCUGGUCCUAUCAAGAGCAAAGCUGUAACUAAAAACACAGCAGUUGGUCCAUCAAAAUCUUGGAGCAAGAAGUCUACAACCAGCAAGCUUGCUGCUAGUAUUCCUGAAGUUCCUAUUGAUAAUGUGUCAUUCCACUAUGCCUUUAGUGCCAACAGGUGGAAAUAUGUGCUUCAAAAGAGAUUGGCUAUUGAAAGGGAGUUGGCUCCAAAUGCCCUUGAGAACAAGCAGGUCUUAGAGCUAAUUCAAGAAGCUGGACUACUGAAAACUGUCUGCAAACUUCCCAAGUGUUAUGACAAGCUGGUUAAAGAGUUUGUGGUGAACUUAUCUGAAGAAUGUGGCAACAGCAGAAGUGUGGACUUCAGAAAAGUGUUUGUGAGAGGUAAGUGUAUCUCAUUCUCUCCGUCUGUGAUUAAUAAUUUCUUGGAAAGAACAGAUGAAGCUCAAACUGAGCUUGAAGUAACAGACAACAAAGUUUGUCAAGUGAUCACUGCCAAGAAAGUAAAUAGCUGGCCUCUAAAAGAGAAGCUAACUGCAAGUAAGCAGAGCAUCAAGUAUGCAAUGCUUUACAAGAUAGGAGCAUCUAAUUGGGUGCCAACAAAUCACAAGUCCACUAUUUCAACUGUACUUGGGAGAUUUAUAUAUGCUGUAGGGACAAAGGCAAAGUUUGAUUAUGGAACAUAUAUCUUUGACCAAACCAUGAAGCUUGCUGGAAGCUUUAGUAUUAAGGGUCCAAUUACGUUUCCAUCCCUCCUGUGUGACGUUGUCAUAACAUCAGCUGACACUUCCAAAUCUGGAGCAUCAACCAGCAAAGCAGAAGUCAUAGCAAUGCUUAAAGAGACUUGCAAAGAGCUGGAAUCUAGAAAGACGUCUCUUGAAAAAAUGAUACGUACUCUGAAAAUGGAUGAGAAUGAGGAAUUUGCAGAUACUAAAGAAGUGGAAGAAGAAAGUGCUAGUCUUGAUGAUGGCUCUGAGAAAGAAAGUUCUUCAGACACCUCAAGUGGGUCUGAAUCUGGGCAGUAA